AUGGCUAUUGCAGAGCCACAUCUGAUUACUGCAGUGCAGGUAACUGUAUUUCCGGUGCCUGUGAGACCACCGUCGCAACAACGAACGGUACCUGUGGUCCUUCUUGGGAGGGUACUACUUGCACAAAUCCAAGCUUUGGGUCCUGCUGCUCAAUCUAUGGCUAUUGUGGAAUUGGUAUCAUCUUCGAUCAGAGUACAGAGCUUGCAGCUUUUUUUCCCGACUGGGAAAGUCUAA